AUGUCAUCAGCUAACCAAUUAGGAAUUUCAGAAAGAGAAUAUGAAGAAGCUCUAGCCGUAGAAAAGUUAUUUUUUUUAUCAUCAAGAGAAAGAUGUAAUUAUUGCGGUUAUGGAAAAUCAACUUUUGUUGAUACAUUUAAUUAUGAAUUUUUAUGUAACAAAUGCGCAUAUAGAAGUAAACAUAAGAAAAAAAUUGGAGAAGAUUUAAUAAGUUAUUAUGAUGUUAAAAAACUUGAAAAAAAAUUCGGAGUUUCUUCAUUUCAUAAUAAUAGUCGAAAACAUCAAAAAAUGAGUAGCAGUCAUAAUAAAUCCAAGUCUAAAAAUAGAAACUCAUCCAGUAAAAAAUAUGAAUAUUAUUCAGAUGAUAAUAGUUCAAAUUCGGAUUACGAUGAAAGAAUAAAAAAAGAUAAAAAUAAAAAAAAAAAAAAAGAAAAAAAAAAAAAAAAAGAUAAAAAAAAAAAAAAAGAUGGCAUAUCUUUUGAAGAUUUUGAUGAUGAUUUUUCUUUAAAUGAUUAUGACCAUACUACACCAGGCAUGGUAGGAAUUAUGAAUUCAAAUUAUAUGAACAAUUCAGAUUAUAAAAAUUAUAACUUAGAUAAUAAUUAUCAAGAUUUUGAUAGCGCUAUUAAUGCAAAUUAUAAUAAUAUGAAUGGAAAUCAUUUUAAUGACUUUAAUAUACUUGCUAAUCAUCCAAAUAAUAAUAGUAUGCCUUUUGAUAAUCCACAAUUUACAAAUGAUAAUUAUAAUAUGAACUAUAUGAAUAUGCCAUAUAAUAAUGAAUUGGUGAAUGCUAAUAAUAACAAUAUAUGUAUAGACGAUUUUAAUCUACCUGGAUAUAAUAAUAAAAUGAAUUUGUCUAAAAAUUUUAACAUGAAAUCAAACGGUGAUAAAGAAAUUAAUAAAAUGAAAUAUAAUCAUUCUAAUAAUAAUAACAUCAAUAAUAAUAAAAUAAGUCUGCAAUCAUAUGAUCCAUUCGAUACUAUGAGUAAUAAUAAUGAAAAAUAUAGAUAUAUGAAUACAUCUGAUGAUUUUAAUUAUUAUGCAAAUUCAAAUUAUUUAAACAACCAAGGAAAUAAUAUGAACAAUAUGAAUAAUAUGUUAUAUUUAUUAAAUAAAAGACAGUCGCUAAAAUACAAACAUGGCAAAAAUAAUAAUAGUAACAAUGUUAAUAAUUCAAUGUAUAAUUCUUAUAUGAGUAUGCCACAAAAUCCUUAUAUGUUAAAUAGUCAAAAUAUGGUUAAUCCAAAAAUGCUUUUUGAUGCUAAUAUGAAUAAUAAUAAUUUCCAUAGUAUGAAAAAUAGCGCCUCUUAUGAACUAAAUAAUAAUAUACAUAACAAGCCAAACAAUAGUAUAAAUAAUUUAUUAAAUUAUUCUAAACAGAAUAAUAUGAAUGAAUUUAAACAAUGGAAUGAAAAUAAUAUGUACAAUUCAGAUUUUACUGCCAUGAAUGUAUCGGAUAAAAAUCCAUUUUCUUUGCAAAACAUUAUUCCGAAUCCCCCAAAUAAUGUGCCACUCAAUUGUAUGAACACGUUAAGCAAUGAUAUGAAUAAAAACAUGCAUAAAUAA